GUCAUCCUAAGCCUCUUCGGCGGGACUGUGAUGGCCGGAGAGAUGACGAUCUUAGGAUCAGCUGUUCUGACUCUCCUGUUGGCUGGCUAUUUCGCGCAACAGUAUUUACCACUGCCUACUCCUAAGGUGAUUGGAAUUGACCUUGGCACUACCUACUGUUCAGUUGGGGUGUUUUUUCCUGGAACAGGAAAAGUAAAGGUCAUUCCAGAUGAAAAUGGGCACGUCAGCCUGCCCAGCAUGGUGUCCUUUACUGACAACGAUGUUUAUGUGGGGUAUGAAAGCUUAGAGCUGGCGGACUCAAAUCCUCAGAACACAAUAUAUGACGCUAAAAGAUUCAUAGGCAAGAUUUUUACCCCAGAAGAGCUAGAAGCUGAAAUUGGCAGAUACCCAUUUAAGGUUUUAAACAAAAAUGGAAUGGUUGAGUUUUCUGUGACAAGUAAUGAGACCAUCACCGUUUCCCCAGAAUAUGUUGGCUCUAGACUGUUGUUGAAAUUAAAGGAAAUGGCAGAGGAAUAUCUUGGAAUGCCAGUUGCCAAUGCUGUUAUUUCUGUACCAGCAGAAUUUGAUCUAAAACAGAGAAAUUCAACAAUUCAAGCUGCUAACCUUGCAGGACUGAAGAUCUUAAGAGUAAUAAAUGAACCCACAGCAGCAGCUAUGGCCUAUGGUCUCCACAAAGCUGAUGUCUUUCACGUCUUGGUGAUAGAUUUGGGCGGAGGAACUCUAGAUGUGUCAUUGCUGAAUAAACAAGGAGGAAUGUUUUUAACCCGAGCGAUGUCUGGAAACAAUAAACUUGGAGGACAAGACUUCAAUCAAAGAUUGCUUCAGUACUUAUAUAAACAGAUCUAUCAAACAUAUGGCUUCCUACCCUCUAGGAAAGAGGAAAUCCACAGAUUAAGACAAGCUGUAGAAAUGGUCAAAUUAAACCUGACUCUUCAUCAGACUGCCCAGAUGUCGGUAUUACUAACGGUGGAGGAAAAGGACGGGAAGGAACCUCAGAGUAGUGACACUGAACUGCCAAAGGACGAACUUUCCCCAGCAGACAGCCCCCGUGUGAACAGCAUGUUUGGAGCUAGCCUUCCUGAAAAGAAAAAUGGAGAAAGUCAGGUUUUAUUUGAAACAGAAAUAUCACGGAAACUCUUUGACACCCUUAAUGAAGAUCUUUUCCAGAAAAUACUAGUACCCAUUCAGCAAGUGUUAGAAGAAGGCCACCUGGAAAAAACUGAGAUUGAUGAGGUGGUUUUGGUUGGGGGCUCAACUCGAAUUCCUCGAAUCCGCCAAGUCAUUCAAGAGUUCUUUGGAAAGGAUCCCAACACGUCUGUAGACCCUGACUUGGCAGUGGUGACAGGAGUGGCAAUCCAAGCAGGGAUUGAUGGAGGCUCUUGGCCUCUCCAAGUCAGUGCAUUAGAAAUUCCCAAUAAGCAUUUACAAAAGACCAACUUCAACUGAAUUAUGGAGGGAUGGUCUUUUGAGAUCUUGUCUGAUGAUCUCUUCCUAUUUAUCAGACCACCUCUGUCCACUAAAUCAAGUCUCUAAAAUAUCUCACACAUUUACCUAAAAGGUAACAUUUAUAUAUAUGAAAUUUUACAGAACAUUUUGUUUUAGAAUUGAAUGUGGCCAGAUUGAUCCUUGAUUUUGGAGAGAUCCCAUUUCAACAAAUACUUCUAAAGUGAAAGAAUUGAGGUAAAACUCUUAUAGGAGCAUAGGUGACUGUAUUUUCUGCAUUCUGGAAGUAGAUAUUCAUGUGCACUUAAAACUAUCUUCUAUAAACAUUGCCUAGUGCCAAUUAUAGGAUUCCCAGUUCUUACUAAAUUGUAUUAGCAGGAGCUGGUAAUUUAUUUACUUGGUUAUCACAUGUAACUCUUAAAUUUGAACUAUACUUGAAGGACAGUGUUGAUGUCAGGUACUUACAGUGGCUGGGAGAUAGCAGUGUUAUUAAUAUAAACUGCAUAUAUAAUAUUCAAUAACUGCCAUAUAUAACAAAAUUACUUGCACAAACUCAGUAUCCCAUUUUGUGUCCUAUUCCUAUAACCUGCAUUCUCCAGAUUUUCAAAAUAUAUUUAUUGGAUCAAUUUAUUUUCUUUC